AUGGUGGACACUGAAAACCAGCUCUAUCCCCUUACUCCCUUGGAGGAGGAGGAUAUAGACAGCCCUUUAUCUGGAGAGUUCCUACAAGAUAUGGAGAACAUUCAAGACCUGUCCCAGUCUCUAGGUGAUGAUAGUUCUGGAGCUUUAAGUUUAACAGAAUUCCAGUCACUGGGAAAUGGUCCAGGAUCUGAUGGAUCUGUUAUAACAGAUACCCUUUCACCAGCAUCCAGUCCUUCAUCCAUUAAUUUUGCCACAGCUCCAGGUAGCAUAGAUGAAUCACCCAGUGGAGUACUAAACAUUGAAUGUAGAAUUUGUGGGGAUAAAGCCUCAGGCUACCAUUAUGGAGUACACGCUUGUGAAGGUUGUAAGGGCUUUUUUAGAAGAACAAUUCGUUUAAAACUCAUCUAUGAUAAAUGUGAUCGCAACUGCAAAAUUCAGAAAAAAAAUCGUAAUAAGUGCCAAUACUGUCGUUUUCAAAAGUGCCUUUCAGUUGGAAUGUCACAUAAUGCAAUACGUUUUGGACGAAUGCCAAGGUCUGAGAAGGCCAAGCUCAAAGCAGAAAUUCUGACAGGUGAAAAUUAUGUAGAAGAUUCAGAAAUGGCAGAUCUCAAAUCUCUUGCCAGAAGAAUUCAUGAUGCCUACCUGAAAAACUUCAAUAUGAACAAGGUUAAAGCCAGAAUCAUCCUUGCAGGGAAAACAAAUAACAAUCCACCAUUUGUUAUACAUGAUAUGGAUACCUUAUGCAUGGCAGAGAAGACCCUGGUGGCAAAACUGGUGGCCAAUGGGAUUCAGAACAAGGAAGCAGAGGUUCGAAUCUUCCACUGCUGCCAGUGCACGUCUGUGGAGACUGUCACAGAACUCACAGAAUUUGCCAAAUCUAUCCCUGGCUUCUCCAACCUGGACCUGAACGAUCAGGUGACACUGUUGAAGUAUGGGGUGUAUGAAGCCAUAUUUGCCAUGUUGGCCUCUGUGAUGAACAAGGACGGGAUGCUGGUGGCUUAUGGGAAUGGAUUUAUAACCCGGGAGUUCCUGAAAAGCCUGAGAAAGCCAUUCUGUGAUAUAAUGGAGCCAAAAUUUGAUUUUGCAAUGAAAUUCAAUGCACUGGAUUUGGAUGAUAGCGAUAUAUCCCUUUUUGUUGCUGCCAUUAUUUGCUGUGGAGAUCGUCCUGGUCUUGUAAAUGUAGGACACAUUGAAAAAAUGCAGGAGAGCAUUGUGCAUGUACUGAAACUUCACUUGCAAAACAACCAUCCUGAUGACACCUUCCUCUUCCCAAAACUUCUCCAAAAAAUGGCUGACCUCCGACAGCUGGUCACAGAGCAUGCUCAGCUUGUUCAGAUAAUCAAGAAGACUGAAUCUGAUGCACAUUUACACCCUUUACUACAGGAAAUCUACAGGGAUAUGUAUUAAGGACUUUUAGUAUUUUUUUUCCACAAUAUUUAAAGACAGAGAAAUACAGAUGGGAGCAAAACUACUUGUACAGUUAUGGGCUGUUCACUCAGCCCAGAGCAGGAAAAAUCUAAAACUGGGGAACUGGAGUGUUACACUUCUUUUGGUUUGGGAUCUUUUGUCUUCGUUUGAAAAAGUGCUGCAGAAAAAUACUGGUCAGAGUGCUCAAUGAAGUGUCUUACAAUGGUUCUUUUAUUUGGAAAUUUGAAGAUUGGUAAGGAAUACAUAUUUGUAUAAUAAAUCAGAAUGUUAAGUAACA